GUGGACAUUUUCAAAAGGAGCAAAACCCUAAAAUAUUUGUUAUCCUAAACUCAAAAGGAACAGCCGCUUCAAAGGCUGAUUUUAGCGUUCCACCACCACCCAUCUAAAAAUCCAACCACAACAUCAACCAAACUCAAACCCUUUCCCCUCUCCUUGUUCACUGCUACUGGCAGCCAAGUCAACAACAACAAUGGUGAGCACCACCACGCCUUAAGCUCCCGCAAACAUGAGCCAGCAGCCAACUACCGUCAAAACCCCACUGCUCGCCCGCUCCACCCUCUUCCUCACUCAAUGUUCCUACGAGGAACGUACAAAUGACCAUCGCUUAACUACCACAACAAACUACAAAAGCUCCGACCCAAAUCCCUUUUCAAGAGAUCUCUCAAGCUCCGACCGAACCCCGAUCAGAUCUCCACCAACCAAUCGACCCCAAGUUUUAACUCCGAUGAAAAGCGAGCUCAAAACUUCGUCAAACAACAUGCUUGAAGCUUUGAACUCCAGUUGUUACUCCAAUGACAGUCGUGAACUACAACAACAACCAAUGAGCUCACAAAUUAGCAACCAGCGAGCUCCAAGCUCCAUCUCCGGUACCCAGAAGUGCUUUCCAAGAAAGUCAUUCAAAUAAAGCUCGAAUAAUAUUUUUGAUAUACUGUUGCGUAUACUAUUGACGUUAGGCAAACCCUAGGUUGUUUCUUAUAUUAUUGUUUACUUUAUUAUUUGUGUAUAUUACAUGCUUAUUAUACUUUUACAUUAUUUUUAUCUUCUACUCAAUUUGUAAAAAAUGAAUUUACUCGGGACCCACAAUUGUGGAUUUUGAAGGGGUCUAAUACCUUUCCUUCGGAAUCACUUGAACCCUUACCUAGAAUCUUUUGUUUCAUAUAUAUUUUCUUUAUUAAUUAAUUAAUUGGUUUCUUAAUUAUUCCUAAAAUUAGCUGGUGAAUCCUUAAA